AAUAAUAAUUAUAUAAACAUUAAAAUGUACUUACACCAUUAUUAUCAAUUCAAUUAAAACCUAAGCACACAACAAACACUAAAUUAAAUAAUACAUUCUCCUCAUUUAAUCCCAGUGAGAUUCUGUAAACUCUAGACAGAACUAGAACGGACUCGAUUUUUUUUUUUCGUUUUUGGCAAAGAAAGCUUGUAGAUAAAUGAGGCAAAUGGUUAUCACAAGAACUACUGACCUGCCAAUACAGAUAAAAUACAAUAAAAUAAAUAUUUGCCAAUGAAGAAGGAAACACUGUAGCAGACAAAUCGAUGAAUGUAGUUCUGAACUACAUUAAAAAAACCACAAAAUUAGGACUCAGCGUUGAUAUGAAACGUAUUGUCGGUAACAAGACGGAUUCUCAGAAUAUUCUGGACGCAUUGUGUGCAGCUUAUCAAGAAAUGUUGGACGACAACAAUCCUCCCCAUUUGGUAUUCGACACUACUCGAGGUGGAUUGGCUUCGGAAACUGUUAAAUCGUUUACAGCUGCUCUAGGAUUAGCAACAGUGACUGCAUCUUACGGUCAACAAGGCGACUUGCGUCAAUGGCGCAAUUUACAACCAAAUGAAGAAGAAUACCUUGUCCAAGUAUCCCCACCGGGCGAUAUCAUACCUGAAAUGGUACGCACAUUGGUUCUGAAUCAAAAUAUUACCAACGCCGCUAUUUUGUUUGAUGAUUCUUUUGUAAUGGAUCAUAAAUACAAAGCCCUUUUACAAAAUGUAGCCACUAGACAUUUGAUUGAUGAAAUUAAUGUUGAUCCUAUUAAAAUCCCUGACCAACUUGAAGAUUUAGUUAAGUUGGACUUGAAGAAUUUUUUUGUUUUGGGUAGCUUAGAAAUAAUUAAAAUAGUUUUGGAAGCCGCUGAAAAGAAGAAUCUUUUCAAUAGAAUGUAUGCCUGGCAUGUAUUAACCAAAGAUCCUGGUGAUUUAAAAGCCUCAGUUAAAAAUGCCACUAUUUUAUUUGCAAAACCAAUAAUUAAUACCCAGUAUCAAGACAGGCUGCGUAAUAUUGGUACAACCUUUCAACUAUCCAGCGUUACACCUGAAAUCGAAGCUGCUUUUUAUUUCGAUUUGGCUUUAAAGUCAUUUUUAGCUGUGAAGGAAAUGAUAGUCGAUGGUUCUUGGAAGAGAAACAACGUCACAAAUUUUGUAACUUGUGACGAUUACGAACCUAAAUACAGCCCUAAAAGAUUUAACUUGAAUUUGAGAUCCUAUUUACAAAAAGAAUCAUCUGAGCCUCCUAGCUAUGGCCAAUUCAACAUAGCAUCCAAUGGUCUGAGUUUCAUGGAAUUCCCCAUGGCCCUUGCAGCAGUUUACAUUAGGUCUAGUGCAUCAGAUAAAUCUAUUCAGCUUGGUGUAUGGCAAGCAGGAUUUGAUAAUAAUCUUACCUUAAACAGUCCCAAGGAUAUGAGUAAUUAUACGGCAGAUGUGGUUUAUAAAAUUGUAACUGUUGUGCAAAAGCCUUUUAUAUACAGAGACGAAAAGGCACCAAAAGGUUUCAAAGGUUACUGUAUCGAUUUAAUUGAUCAAAUAGCUAACAUCUUGCAUUUUGAUUACGAAAUUGAAGCUGUUGCUGAUGGGAUGUUUGGUAAUAUGGAUGAAAAAGGGAAUUGGAAUGGAAUUAUUAAGGAUCUGGUGGACAAAAAGGCUGAUAUAGGUUUAGGAUCGCUAUCAGUAAUGGCGGAACGUGAAAAUGUAAUAGAUUUUACUGUGCCUUAUUACGAUUUAGUAGGCAUAACGAUUUUGAUGAAAUUGCCAGAAACUCCUACGUCUUUGUUCAAGUUUUUGACUGUUUUAGAAAACGAAGUGUGGCUUUGUAUUUUGGCUGCUUACUUUUUCACCAGUUUUCUAAUGUGGGUAUUUGAUCGUUGGUCGCCCUACAGCUACCAGAAUAACAGGGAAAAGUACAAGGACGACGAAGAAAAACGCGAAUUCAAUUUGAAAGAGUGUUUGUGGUUUUGUAUGACGUCAUUGACGCCUCAAGGUGGCGGAGAAGCACCCAAAAAUCUUUCAGGUCGAUUGGUAGCAGCAACAUGGUGGCUAUUCGGUUUCAUAAUCAUAGCUUCAUACACAGCCAACUUAGCAGCUUUUCUGACAGUGUCCAGAUUGGACACACCAAUCGAAUCGCUGGACGACCUUUCCAAACAAUACAAAAUUCAAUACGCUCCAGUUAACGGCAGUUCCACAAUGACGUACUUUCAAAGGAUGGCCGAUAUAGAAGCGCGAUUUUACGAAAUUUGGAAAGAUAUGAGCUUAAAUGACAGCCUUAGUGAUGUUGAGAGAGCCAAACUGGCCGUGUGGGAUUAUCCUGUUUCGGACAAGUACACGAAAAUGUGGCAAGCCAUGAAGGAAGCUGGACUUCCAGAUAGUCAGGAUGAUGCUAUUAAGAAAGUCAGAGAAUCGAAAUCAUCAUCAGAAGGUUUUGCAUAUUUGGGUGACGCAACCGACAUAAAAUACUUAGAAAUGACUAAUUGUGACUUUACAAUAGUCGGAGAUGAGUUUUCACGAAAACCUUAUGCAAUUGCUGUACAGCAAGGCUCUCCUUUAAAAGACCAGUUUAACACAGCAAUCCUCCAACUUUUAAAUCGACGUGAACUAGAAAGACUAAAAGAACGUUGGUGGAACAAAAAUACAGAAAAGAAACAAUGUGAAAAGGCAGAUGAUCAAUCAGACGGAAUCAGUAUUCAAAAUAUUGGAGGAGUUUUCAUAGUUAUUUUUGUCGGAAUUGGCCUGGCCUGUAUUACUUUGGCCUUUGAAUACUGGUGGUACAAGUACAGGAAAAAUACGAAAAUUACCAACAUUGCUGAGGCGCCUCAUCGAGUUGGUUUUCCCAAGAAUUUCGGUCAGAAAUUCAAGGGUAACGAAGGCGAAUUGCCUUUGAAAGUUACCAAGCUUUAUCCUAAAUCAAAGUUUUAAAUAAUCAUGUAUUCUAGAAAUUUCAAUUAAUUAUGGAACAAAACUUAGUAGGUGAUAAAAGCACACAGGGCUGCAGCUAGAAUGUUAGAAACUGUGAUGUUAGCCGCCUUUGUUCCCAGAUUGUAGGGACGUCACAAGGGUAUCGGCGCUUGACAAUAUAAUAGGCUAUCCUCUUUGUUUAAAAUCCUUGGUUUAUGUCAAUCGUUCGUCGGAUGUCAUUGGCUGUCUUUCUCUGUCUCUCUGUUACAACUUUCAACUUUCUUCUCUCUCGUGUAACGAAAUUUGCUAGAACGUGACGCGUCUUUCAGAUCACUCUUUAUUCUCUCCAAAUAUCAGACGCCGCCUAAGAAGUUUUACUUCAAAAAAUUGAAUUUUAAUUUCAAAAUCUUCAAACUUCGAUUGCUCGGUAACCGUUGGGCAAAUUGCAUUGAAAUUUCCAGCAUUUGUAACUCUUAUCAAGUUCUAAAUGGCCUGUUAUUCACAAUAUUCCCAGAUUCAUAUUUUUCGAGCAAAUUGAGCUUGAAAUUUUUGACAAAAUUUUGACUAGAAGUCAACUUUGAGGCUCAAUUGCGCAAAAACCAUUUGAGCUAUCAAACUCAAUUUUGCACAGAUUUAUAGAAAAUUUGAUGCUCUUUCCAAUGGUGUAUAAUUUAUUUCCAUUUCCUUGAAAUGUACCAAAGAUAUGGGCAAUUAUUCACGACCAUGACUCAGAUUUCCAGAAAAAAAAUUAAAAAUUAGACCAUUGACUCUAAAGUAGAAUUAUCACUGAGUGUGCUUAUCAGAUUCUGAAAAUCAUAGCUCCCUUAUCCUGGAUUAUUUUUCCAUAAAAUUUCGGUAUGUUGAAGCUGAAAGCUACCUUAAUAAAUAAAAAAAUAAUUGGUUCCUCCAGGUUUUUCAUAUUUCAAGAAAAAAAAUCAAAAAUUAGACCAUUGACUCUAAGGCAGAAAUAUCACUCAGUAUAUUCAUGAAAUUAUAAAAUUCAUAGCUUCGUUAUCCUGGGCUAUUUUUCCAUAAAAUUCCAGUAUGUUGAAGCUGAAAGCUUCAUUAAUUAAAAAAAAAAAUUUGGUUCCUCCAGGUUUCACAGAUUUCUAGAAAAAAAAUCAAAAAUUGGACCAUUGACUCUAAUGCAGAAUUAUCACUGAGUGUGUUUAUCGGAUUGUAAAAAUCAUAGCUCCGUUAUCCCGAGCUAUUUUUCCAUGAAAUUUCAGUAUGUUGAAGCUGAAAGCUUCCUUAAUUAACAAAAAAAUAUUUGGUUCCUCCAAGUUUCACAGAUUUUUAGAAAAAAAAUAAAAAAUUGGACCAUUGACUCUAAUGCAGAAUUAUCACUGAGUAUGUUUAUCGGAUUGUAAAAAUCAUAGCUCCGUUAUCCCGACCUAUUUUUCCAUGAAAUUUCAGUAUGUUGAAGCUGAAAGCUUCAUCAAUAAAUAAAAAAAUAUUUGGUUCUUGUAGGUUUCCUAGAUUUCUAGAAAAAAAAUCAAAAAUUGGACCAUUGACUCUAAUGCAGAAUUAUCACUGAAUGUGUUUAUCGGAUUGUAAAAAUCAUAGCUCCGUUAUCCAGAGCUAUUUUUUCAUGAAAUUUCAGUACGUUGAAGCUGAAAGCUUCCUUAAUUAACAAAAAAAUAUUUGGUUCCUCCAAGUUUUACAGAUUUUUAGAAAAAAAAUCAAAAAUUAAACCAUUGACUCCAAGGCAAAAAUAUCACUCAGUGUAUUUAUCGGAUUGUAAAAAUCAUAGCUAAGUUAUUCUGAGCUAUUUUUCCAUAAAAUUCCAGUACGUUAAAGCUGCAAGCUUCCUCAAUAAAUAAAAAAAUAUCUGGUUUCUCCAGGUUUCUCAGAUUUCAAGAAAAAAAAUCAAAAAUUAGACCAUUGGCUCUAAGGCAGAAAUAUCACUCAGUGUGUUUAUCAAAUUAUGAAAUUCAGAGUUUCCUUAUCUUGGGCUAUUUUUCCAUAAAAUUUCAGUAUGCUGAAGCUGAAAGCUUCCUCCAUAAACAAAAAAAUAUUUGGUUCCUCUAGGUUUCCUAGAUUUAAAGAAAGAAAAUCAAAAAUCAGACCAUCGAUUCCAAGGCAGAAAUAUCACUCAUUGACUUUAUCGGAUUGUAAAAAUCAUAGCUCCGUUAUCCUGAGCUAUUUUUCCACAAAAUUUCAGCACGUUGAGGCUGAAAGCCACCUUAAUAAACAAAAAAAUAUUUGGUUCCUCCAGGUUUCCCAGAUUUCCAGAAAAAAAAUUAAAAAUCAGACCAUUGACUCUAAGGCAAAAAUAUCACUCAGUGUAUUAAUCAGAUUGUAAAAAUCAUAGCUCUGUUAUCCUGAGCUGUUUUUUCAUAAAAUUUCAGUAUUUUAAAGGUGAAAGCUUUUUUUAUUGAUAAAAAAAUAUUUGAUUUCUCCAGGUUUCCUAGAUUUUCUGAAAAAAAAUCAAAAAUUAGACCAUUGACUCCAAGGCAGAAAUAUCACUCAGUGUGUUUAUCGGAUUGUAAAAAUCAUAGCUUCGUUAUCCUGGAUUAUUUUUCCAUAAAAUUUCAGUAUGUUAAGGCUGGAAGCUUCCUCAAUAGAUAAAAAAAAUAUUUGGUUUCUCCAGGUUUACCAGACUUCCAGAAAAAAAAUCAAAAAUUAGACCAUUGAUUCCAAGGCAGAAAUUUCACUCAGUGUGUUUAUCGGAUUGUAAAAAUCAUAGCUCCGUUAUCCUGAGCUAUUUUCGCAUGAAAUUUCAGUAUGUUGAAGCUGGAAGCUUUUUUAAUAGACAUAAAAUAUUUGGUUCCUCCAGGUUUCCCAGAUUUUCAUUAAAAAAAAUUAUAAAUCAGACCAUUGACUACAAGGCAGAAAUAUCACUCAGUGUGUUUAUCGGAUUAUAAAAAUCAUAGCUCCGUUAUCCUGAGCUAUUUUACCAUAAAAUUUCAGUAUGUUGAAGCUGGAAGCUUUCUUAAUAAACAAAAAAAUAUUUGGUUCCUACAGGUUUCCCAGAUUUCCAUAAAAAAAAUCAUAAAUCAGACCAUUGACUCCAAGGCAGAAAUAUCACUCAGUGUGUUUAUCGGAUUAUAAAAAUCAUAGCUCCGUUAUCCUGAGCUAUUUUUCCAUAAAAGUUCAGUAUGUUGAAGCUGGAAGCUUUUUUGAUAAACAAAAAAAUAUUUGAUUCCUCCAGGUUUUCCAGAUUUCCAGAAAAAAAAUCAAAAAUUAGACCAUUGACUGUAAGGCAGAAAUGUCACUCAGUGUGUUUAUCGGAUUGUAAAAAUCAUGGCUCUGUUAUACUGGAUUAUUUCUCCAUAAAAUUUCAGUAUAUUGAAGCUGGAAACUUCCUUAAUAAAUAAAAAAAAUAUUUGGUUCCUUCAACUUUCUCAGAUUUCCAGAAAAAAAUGGCAUUAAAAUUUUCAGCAUUUGUAGCUCUUAUUACGCUCUAAAUGGCCUGUAAUUUACAAUAUUCCCAGAUAGAAAGUGAUUUGAAAGACUUGCACGUUUUGAAAAUGCUAUUAUUGACAAGCCCCGAUACCCUUGUGACGUCACUACAGAUGCGCGACACUCUUGUCGCAUGUGUGUUCUGAACACGCCGCACAUCUGGUAUAGCGGCGGCCCUGAAAGCACCAAAAUACAUAUAGCUAUUUUUCAAUAAACUAAUACGCGUGAAUUAAAAACCCAAUAAAUUACAUUAAACAAUAAUUUAUUUUUUUUCUUCGGCAUUUCAAACAUUUAAUGGUAAAGUGCAAUCAUGGCAUAUAAUUAAUAAUAUAAAAACCUAUAUACAAUACAAAUAAAAUUUACAAAAGAAUUGGCAAAAAAAAAGCAAAUUGUUUAUAGCGUAGUAGCUUGUAAUUCCUUUGUAGUUUUGCUUCUCAAAACAGCUAAUUCCAAGCUCAGAUUUUCCAGUUCCCCUUCAAACCUUUGACUGCGUUUGUACAUUUCCAUAUAGUUGAUUUGUAGCUGACGCUGAUAUCUCAAAACCUUUUCUUUUUCUUGAGCCCAUAUUAACUUCUCCUUUUCAAACUCUCUAGAUUUCAUUGUUAGCUGUCUUCUCAACCGGCCCACUUCGUUUUCGUUUUCGUGAAAAUCUAUGUAAUCUUCGUUUAGUUUUUGUAUUUCUAGGUCUUCUAAAGAGUCGCAAUUUUCUUGGUUUUCGAUGUGCUCUAUUUCGUAGAUUUGUGGCUUUUGACGGCCCGGUUGUACGUUACUGUAGUCGCUUAUGGAGAAAUCGGAAAGUUCUUCGCGUAGCUCUUUUAUUUCGGCUUUGAGUCUCUCGUU